AGGAGGGAUGCUCACCUGUCGGAUGGAUGGAGUUGUUGCUGCUGCUGAACAAACACAAACCCACUGUGGACACGUGAGGAACACUUUGACAUCGAUACACACAGACUGCACGCGAGUAUGGGCACCCUUCGGGACCUCCAGUUCGCCCUGCAGCUAAAGAUCGAGGAGCUCCGUCAGAGAGACACGCUGAUUGAUGAGUUGGAGCUGGAGUUAGACACUAAGGAUGAACUCAUUCGCAGACUGCAGGAGGAACUGGACCGGUACAGGUCCGCCCUGUCCCUUCCAGGACCCUCCACGGUCUCUGCAGCUGCCGCCGCUCGAAUCGAGGCCAGGCAGCGAGUUAAAAGGCAGGCUGUGUUUUCAGAGCUCUUCAGUUCAGACCCUGUGACUCUCGCAAUGGUUUCUCACCGAAGCUGUGACAAAAGCCAGGAAGCUCAAGGGCUGAUCCAGGUGGCAUUUAGGAAAAGCGACUUGCUGAAGAACCUUGCUGAAGGAGAAAUCGGAGCCAUCACGGCCUGCAUGUCUCGCACCAGCAUCAGUCAAGGCUGCGUCGUCAUCCAGGAGGGGGCCACCGGGGAUCAGGCGUUUGUUUUAGAAGAGGGAAGGCUGGAUGUGACAAAGGAUGGCCAGAAACUGCUCACUCUUGAGCCAGAGGACAUGUUUGGAGAGCUAGCACUCCUCUACAACUGUAUCCACACCUGUUCUGUCUCCGCUCAAACGGACAGCAGCCUGUGGGUUAUUGACCGCAAAAUUUACCAAACAGUGCUUACACAAUGUAGACUCAACCACCGUUCUUAUUCAGUGGAGCUUCUGAGAGGGCUUCCCUUCCUGCAAUCAUUUGCAGAGGAUGUCAUCAUGGAAAUGUCUGAGCACAUGAAAGAGGCUAAUUACACAGACGGCGACUUCAUCAUUCAACAAGGAGCCACAGGAGACACCUUUUAUAUCAUCACCAAAGGACAGGUGACCGUGUCAGAAAAGAAGCUGGGCCAUCAGGAGGAGAUGGUCCUGGCUGAGCUUUCUGAGAGGCAGUGGUUUGGAGAAAAAGCUCUGUGGGGAGAAGACACUCGCACUGUGAGUGUGAGGGCUGUUGGAGAGGUGACAUGUCUGCUCAUAGAUAGAGAGACAUUUAAAAAUGUUGUGGAUGAGUCUGUAUCUGACAGCUGUCAAGAGGCGCAGAAGAUCAAUGAACCCACAUUAGACUUAACGGAGGAUCCUGCUGCCCUGACAUCUUCCACCUUAAGUGAUUUUCAGAUUAUCCGUACGCUGGGAGUUGGAGAGUUUGGUCACGAAGACCUGGUGCACCUAAAGAGCAGCACGGAGCAUGUUUUUGCCAUGAGGGUCCUCAAGAAGAAGCUGAUCGUCAGCAGCGGCCGACGUGAACACGUUCUGAGAGAAUGCAACGUCCUGAUGGAGACUCGUUGUCCGUUCAUCAUCAGGUUACACAAAACCUUUAGGGACGCUGAGCAUCUGUACUUGUUAACAGAAGCUUGUCUGGGUGGGGAUUUAUCUUGUCUACUUAAAGAUAAAGGAUGUUUGGAUGACUGCAGCAGCAGAUUUUACACAGCUUGUGUCAUUGAGGCGUUGACUUUUCUUCACCACCGAGGGGUCGUCCACAGAGACGUCAGGCCCGAGAACGUUGUUCUGGACGAGCGUGGCUAUGCUAAGCUGAUCAGCUCCAGAUGCAUGAAGAAGGUUGAGACAGGUAAGAGAACCUGGACGUUCUGUGGGACGCCGGGCUACGUGGCACCUGAAGUCAUCUUGAACCAAGGCCACGGUGUAUUAGCAGAUCUUUGGUCGACGGGUGUUUUAGUGUUUGAGCUUCUGAGUGGUGGACUCCCGUUUGACGACUCUGAUGCGUUGAAGUUCCUCACCGCAGCCGUUCACGGCGUCGAUCAGAUAGAAUUCCCUAAAAUCAUCUGCAGAGACGCCUGCGACCUCAUAAAGAAACUGUGCAGAAGCAAACCCUCAGAGAGACUGGGAAGUCGGAAAAAUGGGGCCAAGGACAUUCACAAGCACAAAUGGUUCGAAGGAUUCCACUGGGAUGCUCUAUGUAAGAGAACUCUGACACCACCACUUGUGCCCAGGCUUCAGCCUCCAGUGGAAAGCACCAUGUGUGCGCUGUAUCAGGAGACGUCAGAGGAGCAGAGCUCAGACUGGGAGGAUUUUUGA